CGAGGUGGCAGGGGGCCCCCGGCUCCCGCGGGAGGCCACGCUGGAGUGCCCGCUGCCUGCAGGAGGCUGUUCGUAUAGAAGGUAGUAACACCAUGCUAAGUAUUAGAAGAAACCAUGAGUGAAGUCUUUUAUGACCUAUGUAUGCAGAAAACUUUCUUGUGACUCCAAAUCCAGAAGCAAAAAGGGAAAACACAGAUUAAUACUAAAAUUGGAAGUUUUUCAAUUGCUGAAUAUUGGAAAUUGGAUGUAAUGGCAGCAGAAUUUAUAAAGAGUUGCUGUAGAGGAUGUUUCUAUGGUGGCACAGAAAAGCAUAAUUUUUCCAGGGAGAGAGACUUUCAAGCAGCAGUCUCAGAGACUCAGGAUACCCCUGUCUCUGUCCCUCCGUUGACUGCUGUUUCGGUAAAGCCUCAGGUUGGCUGUACCGAGGAUUACUUGCUUUCCAAAUUACCAUCUGAUGGCAAAGACGUACCAUUCGUGGUGCCCAGGUUUAAACUCUCAUAUGUUCAGCCCAGGGUACCAGGAACUCUGUCACAUCUGGAGGAACUUGAAGGAUCUGCCAGAGCAUCUUUUGGAGAUCGAAAGGUAGAGCUUUCCAGUUUAUCCCAGCAUGGACCUGGCUAUGACAUUUACAACCCGUGCUACAGGUAUCCGCACAUUUCACCUGAUCUGAACCGACGCCUUCCUCCUCGUUCAGAAGCAGUGAGACUGUAUGGAUCAGUUUGUGACUUAAGGACCAGCAAACUUCCCAGUUCCCCUGGGCUAAGCAAGUCUAUGUUUGAUCUUACAAGUUCAUCUCAGCGGUUCAUGCAGAGACAUGAUUCCUGGUCCAGCAUGCCUAGCACUUCUUCUUCAAGGAAAAACUCCCAGGGCAGUAACAGAAGCCUGGAUACAAUUACUCUGUCAGGAGAUGAAAGAGAUUUUGGGAGAUUGAAUGUGAAAGUGUUUUAUAAUUCUUCAGUAGAGCAGAUCUGGAUCACAGUUUUGCAGUGCAGAGAUUUAAGUUGGCCUUCUAAUUGUGGAGACACUCCUACUAUUUCAAUAAAAGGAACACUGACAUUGCCCAAACCUGUGCAUUUCAAAUCUUUAGCAAAGGAUGGCUCUCAUAUUAUCGAAUUUAUGGAAACUUUUGUUUUUGCUAUUAAACUCCAAAGUCUACAAACUGUAAGGCUUGUAUUUAAGAUUCAAACCCGGACUCCCAGGAAGAAAACCAUCGGAGAAUGCUCACUCUCACUCAGAACUCUCAGCACACAGGAGAUGGAAUACUCUUUGGAUAUAAUGCCACCUUCAAAAAUUUCUGUUUGCCAUGCAGAACUUGAACUGGGUACUUGUUUUCAAGCCGUAAAUAGCAGAAUUCAGUUACAGGUUCUCGAGGCACAAUACCUUCCAAGCUCUUCAACACCUCUUGCUUUGAGUUUCUUUGUGAAGGUGGGAAUGUUUAGUUCAGGAGAGUUGAUUUAUAAGAAGAAGACACGCUUACUGAAGGCCUCCAAUGGAAGAGUAAAGUGGGGAGAAACUAUGAUUUUUCCACUUAUACAGAAUGAAAAAGAAAUUCUUUUUCUUAUUAAGCUUUACAGUCGGAGCUCUGUAAGAAGAAGACAUUUUGUGGGGCAGAUUUGGAUAAGCGAAGACAGUAAUCACACCGAAGCAGCAAAUCAGUGGAAAGAAACAGUUACAAAUCCAGAAAAGGUUGUUAUCAAGUGGCACAAAUUAAACCCAUCUUGAAGACAUGACACGUUAAUUUGGUGAAGAACUUGACAUUGUUUUAGAAGACUUGUGAUUUCAAUUUGGUACCAAUGAGAAGAGACAGAUCAAUACCCUUGUUAAUGUAUUUAUGGAGGUCAUAAUUAUAAUAGUUGAUGGAUCUUAUGGAAAAUUAAAUUUGAUAUAAAAAAUGGGAUGAAUUAUAUCAAAUAUCCAGAAUAAAGGGAGUGUUUUAAAACUUGCCAAAAUAUACAGUAAAAGAGUAGUAUGCUAGGGCGAGUAGAUAAAUUACACAAUCAAUGAGAAUUUCAACCAUAGGUAGUUAUUGCUAUACUAUGUUGAUGGGUUUUUUUUUUAAAGCUUUACCUAGAUAUUAAAAAUCUGGUAUAUCAAAUCUCUGUUAACACUAUUAGAAUGUAGAAGACUUUGCUGUUGACUGUCAUUUCAGUGCUGAUCAUUAUUGAUUAGACCUUGACUCCACUGUUUACCUCUUGCUAUGUAUUUUCUCUCAGAAAGGAAAAAUGAAUUAAAUCACUUCAACUCUUCUGUAUUUGGGAAAAAUUUGUGCCCUGUUUUUCUAAUUUCUUACCAUAAGGCACCAUAUUGCCACUUUGUAAAUUAUUUAUCUCCAAGAAACUUCAAAUAUAUAAAACACUGCAGUUUGGCAAGAAUAAAUGAAAACACCAGAAGGUUGAAGUUUGAUUGGAAACCUAGUGUAUAUACAUUUUGCCAUGUGUUUUUCUCUCUCAAAUAUUUUACCCUUUGUUUUCGGAGUAAGAUUAUCAUCUGUAUUAUCCAUCCUAAUACUGCUAAUUGCAGAAUUAAAUGAACUUAAUUAGCAAGUUCAA